GAAUUCAAUUGUCAUUCUAAUGCUUGUCGAGGAUCAUUUAUGGUUGCAGAGCAAACUAUCUUGUGCUUCACGUGCACCAGAUAGUUCUCCAUCUCCCCUUUCUCUUGUGUCUCCCAUGAAUAACCACUCAAAUUCUCUUAGUACAGUUGUGGAAGAUUCCGUUGGAGCUUCGGGAUCGCAAGUCGUUGUCUAGUGAUUCUGGACUUCCUCUUGAUCUUCCUGCGUCAAUGGCUGAUGCGAAUGGUCAAAUAUCUGCAGCAGUGAUGGAACGUCUUACUGCUGCAGCAGCAGCUGAGCCUUAUGGGUCUGUUUCCUGUGCUUUUGUAUCCUAUGGAAGCUGUGUUAUGGAUUUAGCUCUGGGGUGGAAGUAUAGGAGCAGAUUGUGGUAUGGUGUUGGUCAUCCUUCAACUACAGCAGCCUUUGGUGGUGGUGGCAGUGGUCGGGAAUCUUGGAUGUCUGCACUGGAGAAGGAUGCAAAUGGAAACUGGAUUGAGCUUCAUUUGGUAAAAAAGUCUGUUGCAAUGCUCCAAGCGUUAUUAUUAGACGAUUUGGGACUUGGUGGUGGACUUGGCAUAGGAGGUGGAUCGGGUACUGGAAUGGGAGGGAUGGCAGCACUCUACCAGUUAUUGGACAGUGACCAACCAUUUUUAUGCAUGCUCCGAAUGGCUCUUCUUUCAAUGAGGGAAGAAGAUGAUGGUGAAGACAAUCUGCUUAUGAGGAAUGUAACCAUAGAUGAUGGGAAAUCAGAAGGGAGGCAACCACGCUCAGCAUUGUUGUGGAGAUUCCAAGAGACAGAGAGUGUUGGUUGCUUCCUGUGUUCUUUAUUCUGAGUUGUAUCAUGCUGUUGGCAGGGAUAGAAAGCCUCUCCGUAAACAGUACCUUGAGGGCAUUGUAGCACCAUUUGUUGCUGUUUUGAGGUGGCGGCCACUUUUGGCUCGCAUUCACGAACUAGCAACUGCUGAUGGUUUGAACCCUUACGGUUGAAACAGUGCAUUGGCUGCUGAUGCCCUGCCAAUAGAGGCUGCUCUUGCUCUGAUAUCUCCAGCUUGGGCUGCUGCUUUUGCACCACCGCCUGCUGCAAUGGCACUGGCAAUGAUAGCUGCUGGUGCCUCUGGUGGAGAAACUCCGGCUCCUACAACAACUUCUCAUCUUAGGCGUGACUCCUCAUUGCUCGAGCGCAAAACUACUAAGCUUCACACAUUUUUGAGUUUUCAGAAACCUUUGGAGCUGCCUAACAAAUUACCGGCUCUACCCAAGGACAAAGCUGCUGCCUUGGCUGCAGUUCGUGAUCUUGAACGUAAUGCCAAAAUUGGUUCUGGGAGUGGUCUCGGUGCUGUAGCAAUGGCCACAUCUGCACAGCGGAGAAGUGGUAGUGACAUGGACCGGGUGAAGAGAUGGAAUGUUUCUGAAGCAAUGGGAGUUGCCUGGAUGGAAUGUUUGCAGCCAGUUGAUACGAAAUCUGUCUACGGAAAAGAUUUUAAUGCGAUAUCGUAUAAGUUUAUUGCUGUCCUUGUUGCAAGUUUUGCUUUAGCAAGAAACAUCCAAAGAUCUGAGGUUGACAGACGCUCUCAAGUCGAUUUAAUAACCCGUCAUCGUUUGGACAAUGGAGUUCGUUCGUGGUGCAAACUCAUGCAUUGCUUGAUCGAGACGAAAUGUCUUUUCUACCCAUCUGGAGACCAGUUAUGCAAGCCUGCACCCGUUUUUUGGAAGCUAGAUUUUAUGGAAAGUUCAGCUAGGAUGAGACAAUGUGUACGGAGGAAUUACAAGGGUUCUGAUCAUUUUGGUGCUGAUGCCAAUUUCAAGGAUCAUAAUAAGAUGAAAGAACAAGAAAAUGGCAUACAUUCCUCGAAUGCUCCUAUUCUGGCAGCAAAAGCAGUAACUGUGGAAGCUGUAAAUGAAGAUGAUGAACAAGGGGAAAUUGAUAAUUUGGAUGGCAGAACCUCUAGUGAAGAACAAAGUGGGGAGAAUCAGCCACAUCUGUCUGAAACAGCUGACCAAAGCCUGCAGACAACUGCAGAAUUUGGCAAGGCACAAGUUUCUUGUGAACCAGACUUAGGAGAAAGUUCAUCAGCAGUUGCGCCUGGAUAUGUUCCGAGUGUACUUGAUGAAAGAAUUGUUCUUGAACUUCCUUCAUUGAUGGUUCUACCAUUGAGGUCAUAUGCGGAACUUUCCAGUGGAUGGAUCAGAUUGCAUCGAAGUGAGAGACGAAGAAAAGGAUCGCAGUUGGACGAUGUCGUCCCUUCAUCAAAUAUACAGCCGAAGAUAUCUCCUUAGACGAAGUGCUCUGGAGCUGCUUAUGGUUGACCGUUCAAAUUUCUUCUUUGAUUUUGGGAAAGAGGAAGAUCGAAGGAGAAGAUCAGAGUUCAAGAAAUAGAGAGAGAGAGAUUUUAGAGAGAGAAGUUGUAAUAUUGAUCUUUCUUAGUGUCAAAGUAAUUACACCGAUGUACUUAUAUGAAAGACUAACUGUCUAACUA